GCACGUUCAAUUUACGAACGUGCAUUAGAUGUAGAUCACAGAAAUGUUGCUCUUUGGCUCAAGUAUGCAGAGAUGGAAAUGAAGAAUCGACAGGUGAACCAUGCCAGAAAUAUUUGGGACAGAGCUAUCACUAUCCUCCCUCGGGUCAACCAGUUUUGGUACAAGUAUACAUAUAUGGAAGAAAUGUUGGGAAAUGUUGCUGGUUGUCGCCAGGUGUUUGAGUGAUGGAUGGAAUGGCAGCCAGAUGAGCAGGCCUGGCACUCCUACAUCAAUUUUGAAUUAAGAUACAAAGAAGUGGAAAAAGCCCGCAAUAUUUACGAGAAAUUUGUAUUUGUACACCCGGAGGUGAAAAACUGGAUUAAAUAUUCUCGUUUUGAAGAUAAACAUGGAUAUAUUGCUCAUGCUAGGAAAGUGUUUGAAAGAGCAGUGGAAUUCUUUGGGGAGGAAUAUAUGGAUGAACAACUGUUUGUGGCAUUUGCAAAGUUUGAGGAAAAACAAAAGGAGUCUGAAAGAGUCCGAGUAAUCUACAAAUAUGCUUUGGACAAGAUUCCUAAACAACAAGCUCAGGAGCUCUUCAAGAACUAUACAAUAUUUGAGAAGAAAUUUGGAGACAUAGGGGAAUUGAAGAUGUAA